AAACGGUUUUGUUUAAUUUCGUGACUCUGACAAUCUCAAAGGUUUUAUAAAGUGCUGAUCUUAUACUUGUAUCUUGUAAUUGUUAUGCUAAUACAAACUUUACUUGUUUUGAAUCUAUAUUUCAUCAGGGACGGUAUAUGCAACCAGUAAAACACAAAUUGUUUGUGAUUUAAUUGUGUAAGUGUUGGCAGCACUGUUGAAAAAUUUGUGUAGUAAACAAAAAUGGCGGACCCUUUGAGUUUGCUUCGCCAGUACAAUGUGAAUAAAAAAGAAAUAGUUGAACGCGAUGGUCAGAUAAUAUUCGGAGAAUUCUCCUGGCCUAAAAAUGUGAAAACUAAUUAUUUAAUGUGGGGUUCUGGCAAAGAUGGAACCCCUAAGGAAUACUACACGUUGGAGUGUUUAUUGUUCAUUUUAAAGAAUGUUUCACUGACACAUCCUGUAUAUGUACGACAAGCAGCUGCAGAAAGUAUACCAGUAGUGAGGAGACCUGAUAGAAAGGAGCUUUUGGCUUAUUUAAAUGGAGAAACGGCGAGUUGUCCUGCUAUUGAUAAAAGUGCCCCGCUUGAAAUACCCACUCAAGUUAAAAGAUCUGCUGACUAUGAAGGGCCUGAAAGUAUUGCGAAAAAGCCACGGUUUGAGGAUCUGCAUGUACAGAAAGUUAGGGAGAAGUUGGCUGCCAGGCUGGAUGCCCCCAAAGAGGCUUCAGUCACAGUUGAUAAUAUCAAAUCAUUGUCUGAAGCCAUGUCUGUGGAGAAAAUUGCAGCAAUUAAAGCCAAGCGUUUAGCAAAGAAAAGAACCACAAUUAAAGGGAACGAUGAUAUUGGACAAGAGUACGACAUUCGGGCCAUUCUUGACUUAGAUGUAGACUUGACCAAAGACAUUAUAAGUCGUGAGAGACAGUGGAGGACUAGAACGACAAUUUUGCAAUCCAGUGGCAAGACUUUUGCCAAGAAUAUUUUGGCAAUGUUGCACAGUAUAAAGGCCCGCGAAGAGGGCCGCCAGCGCCCUCCGCAGCAAGCCCCCAUUGUAACCCCCCGUCAAACCCCUGUCCGACCUGCCACUCAACCCGCUGUAUACAACCGUUACGAUCAAGAGCGUUUCAACCGGCAAAAAGAAGAGACUGAAGGCUUCAAAAUCGAUACUAUGGGUACAUACCACGGCAUGACCCUUAAAUCGGUGACUGAGGGUCCAGUCAAAGCCCGCCCUCAACCCAUACAACCCCAAACACCCCUACCUGUGAGUGCGGCAAGACCGCCUUCUGGGGGUCUCACCAAACGGGUCUCCCGAACACCAAUUAUCAUUAUACCAGCUGGUACAAACAGUCUCAUUUCUAUGUACAACGCCAAGGAGAUUUUGCAAGAUUUGAAAUUCGUCUCAGUGGAACAGAAGAAAAACGAGGGGGCGAAACGAGACAACGAGGUGUUGGUUCAAAGACAGAGAAAUGGACAGACGGUGCCGUAUCGGGUUGUAGAUAAUCCGGCCAAGUUGAGUCCCAGCGAUUGGGAUCGAGUGGUUGCCGUGUUUGUGAUGGGGCCCGCAUGGCAAUUCAAAGGGUAUCCGUGGGAGAACCCCGUUGAGAUUUUUUCAAAAGUUGCUGCUUUUCAUAUUAAAUAUGAUGAAAUGAAAUUGGAUGCUAAUGUGGAGAGGUGGGCUGUGACCGUUAUUGAACUCUCGAGGACGAAAAGGCAUUUGGAUCGGGCUGCGUUGAUGGUGUUUUGGGAAAAACUCGAUCGACAUAUCAUGCAGUUUAAACCCCACUUACGAUUCUGAGUGUGUACAGUGUUCAGCUUUUUCGCCCUGUUGUUCCAAUAUGUAAUUUUAUUAAUUGAUUUUAUUAUUAGCGCUUAGGGACUAUCUACACAAAAACAUCUAGUUCACUUUAUGUAUUAUAAAAAUAAAAAUUUAUACAAAUAAAUAAAAAAAUAUUUUCUAAACUGUUGUUGCAU